AUCAUGGCUGGAAAUCGGCUUGCAAACGAAAUUUUUCAUUCAUAGGUUGGUCUAUAUCGCAAAAAUAAACAGUGCUGGGAAUACAAUUGCAGGCCAUUAUGAGCAAUUUGUAUCAAGGCUACAGAAAAAUAACCAAGCUGAAGGGAUCACUGGUCUUCUGCUUCUGUACCCUGAAUACAUAGUCCAUUUGAUAGAGACAACAUCUGAGAUCCUAACACUAAUUUUGAAAGACCUGUGUGAUAUGGAGCAACGUGCAAACCCUCUGUUGAAGGAUGCAAGGGUACUGGUGCUCUCGCACUGUUUGUUCAACCGCAUGUUCACCUCCUGGGCUCCAGAAAUCCUCACCAUAACUCUUAGUAUGCAAGAUAGCGAGACACAGAUUGAGCCUGAAGAACUGCUUGCCCAGAUUUAUAAACUCUGCAGCUCCAUCCAGAAAUCCAAGGCUUCUAAGUCAGAACUGCUGGAGGAGCGGGCUCUCUUAAUGGUGGAGGAGGCAGUGCGCCACAUGUGUCGGAGUUCUGUCUUGUGUUCGCCCUCCGAGUUCUUGCAAGCGUACGGCAAGCCCAUCAACAUUCUCAUGGACUCAGAAAUUGUAUGGCCAACCCAUAGUCGACUCUACUGGUAGACUGCAAUCUCAGAAGAAAAAGUCCAGAAACAAAAUCGUAUUGCUUGUAAGUUUACACUACAGAUUAAAUAAAGGCAACAAACGUAUGACCAAAA